AUGCUGCCGGCGGGCCGCGGCCGGAGGGCGGCGGCGGCGCUGAGGGCGGCGCUGAGAGCGGGCGCGGAGCGGCGGCGGGAGCUGGAGCGGCGGGCGGCGCGGAGCCGGGCGCUGCUGGGGCGCUGGGAGGAGGGCGAGGCCCGGGCGCUGGUCCGGCAGCCGUGCCCGAGGCCCGCGGGCCGGGGGUGCUGGUCCCGCUCCAGGGCAGCCACGCCGGCUCCGUCGCUGUUUGUUCUCUCCAGGGAUGAUGAGGAAGAGGAGCGGCCACAGCCACAGUCGGGCUCCAGCACUGAGCAUGAAGACAGGCCUUCACCCAAGGAGCUGGAGGAGCUGGAACUGCUGAACAGGGCCUUAGAGAAGGCACUGAAGGUCAGGAAAAGCAUCUUGGAAACUCCAUUAGAGGCUCAGGGAGCUAGAGGACAGAAAUGGGCAGGUGAGGCACAUGCUCCCAAGAAAGCUCAAGAGCAGCAGGUGCCUGUACCUGUUGAGGGUGUUCCUGAGUGCAGGAAGGUGAGAGCUGGAAGCCAAAAGCCUUUGUUGUUGAAGAAGCCCUCUGCAUACCAGUUAAGAGCCCCUUACAGGACCGACCCAGAUGUGAAGAAACUGCAAAGGAAAGUCCCAGCCAGAUGUGUUUCUCAAGGCCCCAGGACAGCUGGGAAGAUUUCCUCAAAAGGAGUGACUUGCAAACAAGGAGGGAGUCACAGGACAGUGACUGGUGCCAGUGCCAGAGAAGUCAGUGCUGCAGCUCAGCCCCAGAUGACACCUGGCUUGUCUGAAUCUGCCCCAAAUGACCAGCAAAGCUUUUCUGGGGGGGAUUCAGCUGCAGUAAAGAAUUCCACAGUUGCUGGCAAGCAGUUACUUGAUGCAGGGAAUAAAAGUUGUGGCUUCCUGGGAGAGUCCAGCAAAAAGGAGGACACUGCAGGUGCAUGGGGAAGGAGCACCUCACCAAGGGCAGGCACCCUGCAGGAAAAGGGAUGCCAGCUGAAGCUCCCCCUGCCCUACAGGAAAGCCUACUCCAGGAACUGCAGGGCGUGGGAGAGAUGUCGCCUGUGCCAAACGAGUGCAGAUGCAGCAGCUGCAAGGACCCGUUUUGUGGAGAGGAUCCAGACAACUUUUUGCUCCCCGAAGCUGACCCCCAGUCCUGCAGAGAUAGAGGAGGAAUUAAGGGGCCUCCAGGAUGUCCCCUCCCGUGUGAGGCAGUGUAUGGAAGCUGAGGCUGCAGAUCCUCCCACUCUGCAAGGAGAGUAUGAAAGCCUUCUGACCUUGGAAGGUUUGCAAAGCACAGUGUCCCAGUGCCUGCAGAAGCUGCAGCUGCUGCAGGAAGCUCUGGAGUCCCAGCUGAGGCUGUGCCCAGAGUGCCCUGGGGAUGUGGGCAGCUGCUCUCCAGCCUGUGUCCCUGCCAGGGGACAGAUGUGUGACAGUGCAGACAUGCUGGCUGUGCCUCUCCUCUGUUACUCCAGCCUCCAGGAGCUCAGGGACCUGUUUGCCUUGAAGCUGCAAGUGGCAAUGCUGCACCAAGAGAUUGCCUUACAAAAGGUGAUGAUGGCAGAGCUGCUGCCUGUCCUGGAGGCCAGGCCGUGCCUGGAGGGCUCUGCAGGGCUGUUCAGGGCCAUCCACAGCCAGCUCUGUCAGGGGGGCCGGAGCUUCCCUGUGCUGGUGAGGGACGAGCUGCUGGACUGAGCUGGGAGCCUCCUGCUACUCCUGCACAGAGCCAGACAGCUCCAAGCAAUAAAUCUUUUCUAUGAACUUCUUUACUCUGCUUGUUUAUUCACCUAAAUUCCAGGGGGUUGUUUCCAUUAUGGGCUUUUAUUUUAUUUUAUUUUAACUUCCUUUUGUAUCCCGAGGACUGGAGCCAGGCUGGGAGAGCUGGGGGUGCUCACCUGGACAGGAGAAGCUCCAGGGACACCUCAGAGCCCCUGCCAGGGCCUGAAGGGGCUCCAGGAGAGCUGGAGAGGGACUGGGGACAAGGGAUGGAGGGACAGGGCACAGGGAAUGGCUCCCACUGCCAGAGGGCAGGGAUGGAUGGGAUAUUGGGAAUGAGGAAUUGUUCCCUGGCAGGGUGGGCAGGCCCUGGCAUGGGCUGCCCCUGGAUCCUUGGGAGUCCAACCAAGGCUGGGUUGGACACUGGGGCUUGGAGCACCCUGGGAUGGUGAAAGUGUCUCUGCCCAUGGCAGGGGCUGCAAUGAGGUGAGUUUUAAGGUCCCUUCCAACCCAAACCAGUCUGUGUUUCUGUUGUUCUAUAUCACUUUCCUAACCUGUUAACUGAGGUUUUGUGAAGCCCCUUCAGGGCUUCAGAGACUCUGGUUUUGGCUUUUCUUCCAAGCUCAGGACACCAAGCUCAGGAUGCAGACAGUGCAGCAGAGAGCAAAACACGUUUAUACUGAGCAGGACCAUGGCUCACGGCCUUCCAGCAUCCAGAAAGCCCCAGAAGGCACGCUGCUGCCCCGGUGCGGUGCUCUCAGCUGGCACGCAGGGUCAGGCGGCGUUGAGUGGUUUUAGUGCCGCAGCGAGCGAGCGGGGCCGGCGCUGCCCCCGGCUGUGCCCGGCAGGUGGCGGGCGGGUCCCGCGGUCCCUGCCGGAGCCGGAGUUGUGGGAUCUCAGCGCCUCAGGACUGAUGUGCAGAGUCACCAAGACCACCCUUGGGGGGCUCGGAGGUCCUGGAAUGUUGCCAGAAGUGUCUGGUGGCUGGACUUUGAUCCCACACGGGA